AUGGCGCGGCGUGGCUCUGCGUCACCUAGAGGAAGAUACACACUGAAGGAUUCUGGAGAAGGAACCUUCACUGUGAACAUCACUGAUCUACAGGAGUCAGACUCUGGGAUUUACUGGUGCGGAGUGGAGAGAUUUGGUUUUGACUCAUAUCAGAAAGUCAGACUGAGAGUAUCUAAAGACUCAGACACAAACACAAACAGACCCACAACUCCUAAACCAGCAGCAAGUUCUCAAUCCCCCAUAACAAAAAGUUCAUUCUCUACAUCUUCAGCAUCUGGUGACAUCACAGCCUCAUCUUCAUCAACAGGAUUUAAAGGUCCUGUUCUUUCAUCCAGACAAGCAUUUAAUGAGAACGGUGCACAAUCUUCACUCUCCUCAGGUCCUCUGAUGUUCACAGCCGUCGGUCUGACUGUGAUGGUGAUUAUAUUUGGGGCGGUUCUCUGUAUAUGGAAUAAUCACAAGAAAAUCUCACACAGUUCCAGUGUUGAUGCUGAAAUCCAAGGCACCACAUAUACCACUGAGCGUCUGUGA